AUGCGCACGGCAUGCUGUAUUGCUCAGCGGAUCGCUAGAGCGCACUUGCAUGUGCGCGCGCAGUCGACCCUGAGCAAGGCAGAGCGUUUCGUAGUGCCGAUCGAUGCGAAAUCGCUGCCUCGCGGCUACCUCGUCGCGAGCACGUAUGCCGGCGUUAAGAAUGCCAUCAGUCCAAGCCCAGCAGCAGCGCUUAGCGGCGUACCGAAACCAGACCUUGCGUUGGUCGUUUCAAGCACGCCGGCCGCGAUUGCGGGUGUAUUUACCACGAACAAAUUCCAAGCAGCGCCAGUGGUGCAUGCGACGAAUGCACUGCAAGCCGCACAGCCCAAUGGUCCACGCGCGAUUGCAGUGCUGGCCAACAGCGGGUGUGCAAACGCAGUUACCGGCAAGGAAGGUUUGGAGGACACUGAGGAACUUGUCGAGCUUGUGCGCAAUGAACUGAAUCCCGCAAGCAAGCCAUCGCAGCCAGGGCCAUCCGAUGUGCUCAUGCUUUCGACCGGCGUGAUUGGCGUGCGUCUUCCUGUGGGUACCAUCAGGCGUGCCCUUUACCAUCUAGUCCAUGGCCAGGUCCUGCAAAGCAACCCUGAGGCGUGGCUCGAUGUAGCGCGUGCGUACAUGACUACGGACACGUUCCCGAAACUGCGGACGCGCCAGUUUAUGCUGGGUGAUCGGCAAUGCAGCAUGCUUGCGAUCGAUAAGGGGGCAGGUAUGAUUCAUCCCCACAUGACGACGCCUGGGGGCCUGCAUGCCACCCUACUGGGUCUCGUAGCUACGGAUGCGCCGAUCGCCCCUGCUGCACUGCAAAAAUGCCUGGAAGAAGCCGUGCGUGUUUCGUUCAACUGCAUCAGUGUGGACGGCGACAUGAGUACCAACGACACGAUCCUGGCACUGGCAAAUGGGCAAGCGCCGACCGUCCAAGGCAGCGCCGACAAGCUUCCGCAUGGCGCUGAAAUCAGCGAGUCGUCGCAUCCCGCCCUUCUUGCAAAAUUUAGCGAGCAGCUCACCUCGCUGUGCUUGGAAAUGGCGCACCUGGUUGUGCGCGAUGGCGAGGGCGCGGAGAAGUUUGUCCAGGUGCGCGUGCGCGGCGCAGGGUCCUACGAGGAUGCUCAUGCGAUUGCAUCAUCAAUCAGUACUUCCUCGCUGGUCAAGUGUGCGAUGCACGGCGCGGAUGCAAACUGGGGCAGGAUUCUGUGUGCCGCAGGGUAUGCGACGCUCACGGGCAAGUCGGGCUGGACGAUUGAUCCGCACAAAGUAAAUGUGACGUUUGUAGCCCCGGAAGGUGUGCAGGGCAUUGCGCCGCUCCCCGCGCUUGUCAACGGUACGCCACUGGUGGUCGAUGAGGCGCAUGCGGCGGAGCUCCUUCGCCACGAGGAUAUCUGCGUGGAUGUCGACAUGCAGGGCGGAUCUUGGAGCGCAAAAGAGGCGGACGCCGAGGCGGUGUUUUGGACGUGUGACUUUAGCAAGGAGUAUGUUGCGAUCAAUGGCGAUUACCGCACAUGA